AGAAACAAGGAAGCCUUGAGCUUCACAACUGAAACCUUUGAUAGGUUUAUAUGUGCCGCUAGCGCACAUGCUGUUUGUCUCUAUCUUUGUCAUCCCUGUUGGGUCUGUUGAGUUGAGCGUAGCUAGAUGGGAGAAAUGGAGUGCGUUGUGCAGGUUAGCAAUAGACUGGACAACAUGGUAGAUACCUCCACAGAGGCAGAGCAGUGGAAGAAGAGGUCAAUCUACAGAGUACCCACCUGCGUCACUGACCUAAACAAAAAGGCCUAUAAGCCUCAGGCGGUGUCUUUUGGGCCUUACCAUCAUGGAGAGGAGCAUUUGCAGACAAUGGAGGAUCACAAGCGCCGUGCUCUCCUUCAUUUCUUCAAGAGAUCAGACAAACCUAUUAAAUUGUUGGUGGAGUCUUUGGCAGAAGUGGUGCAAGAUUUGAAGGAUUCUUAUGAUUUGCUUGAUCCCGCAUGGCAAAAAGAUACCAGCGCCUUCUUGCAACUGAUGAUUGUAGAUGGAUGUUUCAUGCUGGAAAUCUUGCGGACAGCUACUCAUACAAUGGAUGACUAUGAUCCUAAUGAUCCCAUAUUCAGUGAUCAUGGUAGGCUCUACAUCAUGCCAUAUGUCAGGCGUGACAUGUUGAUGCUUGAAAAUCAAUUACCCAUGCUGGUUCUCGACAAGUUGCUUGCUGUUGAAAGUGACAAAGCCAAGGACCCGGAGUUGAUUAAUAAGCUUAUACUCAAGUUCUUUACAACCAGCAGUCCUGAGGCAGGAAUGGGCAAAUGCCUGCACGUGUUGGAUGUGUACAGGAAGAGCCUGCUUCAGGAAGGUCCUGGUCGAAAACCACGUCACUACAAAACAAGAAGUCGUGCAGACAAUGAACGUGGUGAAGAAAUCAUCAGGUCUGCAACAGAGCUUGAUGAAGCUGGGAUCAGAAUGAAGAAAAGUCGUACCCAGAGCCUCAAAGACAUCUCAUUCAAAGGCGGGGUACUGAAGCUCCCUGUCAUUGUUGUAGAUGAUACCACUGAGUCGAUGUUCUUAAACCUCAUAGCUUUUGAGCGGCUUCACGUUGGGGCUGGGAACGAGGUGACUUCCUUUAUAUUCUUCAUGGACAACAUCAUUGACAAUGCCAAGGAUGUGAUCCUGCUGCACUCCCGAGGGAUUAUCCAGAGCGCCCUUGGAAGCGACAAGGCUGUUGCUAAACUCUUCAAUUCACUCUCCAAGGAUAUAACACUUGACCCUGACGGCCCCCUAUAUGGAGUGCAUAAGAAAGUGAAUGACUACUGCAGGAAGAGUUGGAAUGAGUGGCGUGCCAAUCUCAUUCACACCUACUUCAGAAAUCCGUGGGCUAUUCUAUCCCUUAUUGCUGCAGCAUUCCUUUUUGCACUCACCAUAGCUCAAACUGUGUUUACCAUCUAUCCCUAUUACCAUCCUAGUGGUGACUCUUCCUCCUCCCCUUCUGAUUCACUUCCACCAAAACGCACCCCGUCUCACCAUUGACCUUCCAUCUUCAUUGCUUGCCAACAGUUGGUAUCUCAAGGGCAUGACCAUGAUUUUCUUGUCAUUUCUUCAUUCUUACUAGCUGGGUGUUUAUCAUUCUUCUUUCUCAUUUAUAUUCUGGGUUGAUAUUACAGAGGUAGUUUUAUAGAUAAUUAAAAAAAAUGGUGAUUGCAUGUGGAGAUCUGUACCUUUGCUUAAUAAUUCAGGCAGUGAGAUAAACUACCUUUUGUUUGAUUAUUUGUUUUCUGUUUUAUAUAAAGUGAAUCCUGUCACUCUUUCUUGUUA